AGAACAGCCAAAAUGGAAGCACGGGAAGAGCACAUUCGUGAAUCAUGGAUCAAAGCGAUGGAGGCUCGUUUGGUGCGAGAUGAACUCGAAAAGUGUCACAGAUCAGAGGGCGUCAACCAUUACGAGAAUUGUAAAUGGCUCGUAGAUAAAUACCUGGUCAUGUUGAAGGAGAACAAAGUGUGUCUUUAA